GUUAGCGUGGGGAUUGUCCUUCUGAAUACCUCCCUGUCAGCAUACAUGUUAUUAUACAAUCGUAAUUACAUUGUUGUUUCCUCUUUUUCUACAGAUUGGUUUUUAUUUUUGACUCAAAAUAGAGCUGUGCAAGGUACAGCUUGUAGGCUGUGUGCUCUCAGCUUAUUUGUUGUGGAAGUUGAAAGGGGCAUGAGAAAUGAGAUGUAAUAGCAAAAGGAGAAAGGACUGAUAAAGCCCAGUCUGCUAUGGAGAUCAGAUAGAAUGCAAGUCCUAUUGCUUAAACUAAACUUUCACAGAAACUUACAACUAUGUUCUCUGUCUUCUAGGUGCUUGGCUGAAGGGGCUGGGAACUGAUGUGUUGAAGUGCUGAGCAGUUGCAGCUGCUAUUUAGGCCACUGGUGGCUGUGCUUUGACUAUACGAAGUGCUAUAUAAUGUUGAUGUACUGAAAUCACAUCUCAAGUAGAGCACCAAAUUUAGCAGAUAUUUUCUCUGUUGCUCAGCUAGUGGUCUGUAAAAUAAUGUCUUCUCUCUUUAUAGAAUUGCUGUGAAAAUAAAUUAUUAGUGUAUGUGAAUUAGAUGCUCUAGUAGCAAAGAGGAGCUACAAAAACCCCUGAGGAAAUUAAUAGUUGUGUCUUUGUUGCAGACCCUGAUUAGCAUGUAGCAAAUGAGCCAUGGGAUCAGGCAGUUCUGUUCUAUGGUAGUGUGUGGAGCCCUGUAGAGAGCGGUACUCCAUUUUGCUAGGUAAUAUGCACAAAAAUUUGCCCUGGAAAAUAUUCCUAUGGCAGUUCAAGAAAUUACUGCUUCUUUCUACUGUGCACCUCUGCUAGAGACUUUUGUUCUUACAGGAGGGAGAGUAGAAGCAAAAUCAUGCUGGCCCCUUGGCUGCUGUGGCAGAUGGCAUAUUAAUUUGUGCUGCUUUUCAUUUCAUUUUAACAUUACCGUCUGUAAACCAUAGUUGCUGAGGAACUUGCAAGCACUUGAUCCUUUUCCUUUUGUUGUCUGUCAAGUAAUACGCUUCAGGAGAAGUAUGGAAAGGGAUGGGAUGUGCAACCCAUAAAUUGCCCCAGCAAGACCUGGUUGACUUCAUCAGCUAGAGCCUGUAAAUACCUCCUUCCCCCUGCAAAUAAAUUCUAUUGAUUCUGUGUCUCAGAGCUUCUAGAUAGUGGCAGAUGUGAAUUUAUAUAUACGUGUAUGCUUCCUUUAGAAAGCUGCAAAACAUCAUUAAACUGUUGAGAGAAGUCCUAUUUGCCAGGCAUUUACUUUACACAGCAGCUUUUUAUCUCAAAGGAAUUAUGUUUAUUCUAAGCUUGAGCAACUCACGGAACCAAAAGCAGAACAAAAUUGUUGGCAAAUUGCUAAUGGGCAAUGUGGAGGUUGUUAUGCCUUUUUUCUCUUCUUAAUUGGAAUCUGAUAGCCCCCUGUUUGAAAUGGUCUCUUUGGAAACAAAUGCUAAUAAUGUCAGUUUAAGCCUGGUAGAACCAGUUUCAGCAGCCCAAACUCUUGCUGAACUAAAGUUGAAUUUAACUUAAAAAAAAAAAAAGGAAGCCAGCCCGCAGGAAUUAGAUAAUAAUGGUGAUAAUUUUAUUUUCUAGAAUUGACUUUAAAGCAUUUAUUCUCAGAUUAUAAUUAAGCUGCAAACAAAUUAUUCCAAGUAGAUUUAGUUCUGUGAAGAGCAUGAACUUACUGGUAUCAAAUACUGAAGGACCAAGACUGGCAGAAUGAGGAUUUGCUUUAGUAUUGUGUCCUUAUCAUUAUAUAAGACAUCAUGGACUAUAUAUGUUGGUAAAAUAAUAGUUCAGUGUUGCCAGUAAUGGAAGGGAUCCUCUCCCAGGAGGACGGGACAGGCUCUGGCCAGUGUCUCUUGUCCCCUGCUGUUGCAUGUAACUGGCUCACAUGGUUCCAUUUUGUAAACUCCAUUUUACAGUUAACUAGAUUUUUGGCUCGCAAUACUCUGUGGAAAGAUGCUUCAGUACCUCACUGUUUUAACUAUUAAAAGCACCACAAACAGUGGUUGUGCUGUGUCUUGAUUCUGGCAAAGCCUGGAUGCCAGCCCAAAUACUCUUCUUGUACGAAAACUUGGCAAAUAUGCAAAAAGUUAAAUCCACGGGGUUGAUGCACAUCUAUUUAAACAGCAGCAUUUGCAGAAAAGUCGUUGUUGAGUGUACUGUUAGGCUGGGAAAGCAUUUCAAGUGAUGACCCAUGAAAAUCUUAUCUAGGCCUAGUUCUGCUCUGUAUUUUCAUUCAUGGCUUGGAUGAUGAAAUAGAAGGUGAACUGCUGAAAUGGUUAGAUGACCCCAAAUUGGGAGAGCUUGCAAGAAGAUUGUUAUUUGGAGCAGAGGAGUGGAAUUCAAAGUGAUCUUGAUUAACUGCUACAAAGAGCUCAAGAUCAACAAGGUGAAAUUCAAUGAAAGCAAAUGUAAUGUGCAACACAAAAAGCAUGACUGAAUUAUAAAUACAGAAGUGAAAGGAACCGGUAAAAGUGCUGGAAUUUGUUAGAGGAUCAUAGUCUGGACCUGACAGUGGAAAAAACCUAACCCAAUGUCAUUCUGGUAUAUAAUAUGUAAUGCCCACUUAAUUAUUGUCCUCCUCAGGAACAUUGUCAAAAUGUGCUAUUUCAGUGGCUCAGACCAAGCCUAAGGUGGAAGUGCUUGACUGAGCAUUCACUCGACGUGGUGCUGGGAAGCUUACUCCAUAAGGAAUGGCAAGGAAAACAAGCAGGAGGGGAAAAAAAAAAAAAAUCUCCCAUGUCAGGAUGGCUGCUAACAGGCAAUUUCAGAACAGGAAGAGUUCUGUGCAUGCAGGUGUAGGUCAAAAAACCAACACUCUUGACAGAAAAGGAAAGAGCCCUUGAGGGUAUUAAUCUAAAGCACGUUUAUUUCUGAAGAAGGUAGGCCUGUCCAUCUAAAUUCUUGUCAAAGGAGGGUAAAGCUGAGAGUGUCAUCAGCCUGUAUGUAGCCUGCUUUCUGAAAUUAGUUUCUGUAAAUGUUUUCUCUUAAGAGUAUAACUGAAUGAGAGUUGUAGGCAUUCAGAGAGGAAGAGCUUUAAGUUAAUGCUUGGUAAGCACAGUUGGUGUGGUAGAUGCUUCAGUCUACGAUGAGCUCUAGAAACAGGAGUUUGUAGAGUUCCAUGUCAGGAAGGGUACUUAAGCGAACAUACGAGAAUAUUAUGUUUAAGCUAAAAAUAAAAAGCUAGUACUGUACAAUCCAUAUAUUUGGAGCCUAGGAUAUACUUUGUAAAGAGAGCCUUUCUAAAAAGGUACCAGGGAGGGAAUCAAAGAUGUUUUAGAAAGAUUUUUUUUUUUUCCCCCUUCCUUCUUGUCCUUUUAAAAGAUAAAAGACACUUUGCUCCUCUUUUCAAAUAGAUCUUUAUUUUCUUUUGGAUGGAUACUUCUAAAUGUCCUUGGCCUCCAGCAUAGUCUGCUCUUUAGCCUUUUUUAGGCAUCUUUAUUAACACUGACUGGUUGUGCCUUGAGCCUACCUUGCACAUGAUUCUUUUCUGUACUCUGCCAGUUCUUUGGGCAGGGUGAAAUGGCAGUAACAUCAAAAUGACUAGAUGGACAGAUCUGGAUGGAUACGUGUAAAUUCAUGGGUCCUGAAUGCACGUAAUUGCAAACAAAAAUAAAUCAGGUAGAGUUUAUGCUUGCCUCCUUGCCCUUUUUUUUUUUUUUUUUGACUAUAACGCAAAUAUCUUUCAUGCAGAAUAUCCUUCAGAAUUUUGGGAAGAGCAUCCUUGAGGAAAAAAAAUGUAUGUCAGUGUUUGUGAGCGGGAUUUAAGGUACUAUGAUGCUAGAACUCCAGGAGAGGGUAACUGAACUGGAAAACUGGAAGGAUGGCAAAGGCCUUAUCAUCUAUGGCGCAGGAAACACCUUUUGCUCAGGAUCUGAUUUGAAUGCUGUCAAAGCAAUAUCCAACUCCCAGGAUGGGAUGAAUAUGUGCAUGUUUAUGCAAAACACCUUAACCAGACUUAUGAGAUUGCCUUUGAUCAGUGUUGCACUAGUCCAAGGAAAAGCUGUUGGAGGAGGAGCAGAACUUACCACAGCAUGUGAUUUCAGAUUGAUGACGCCUGGGAGUGAAAUUCGCUUUGUCCAUAAGCACAUGGGGCUGGUGCCGGGCUGGGGAGGAGCUGCCCGGCUGGUGGGGAUCGUCGGCAGCGGGGCUGCCCUCCGGCUGCUGAGCGGGGCUGCCCGGCUGGACCCCGAGAGCGCGCUGCGCCUUGGGCUCUCCGAGGAGACGCUGUCCUCUUCGGAUGAAACUGGAGCGCUGGAAGAAGCCCGAGCCUGGCUGAGUGGGUACACGGAGGGUCCAGCCAGCGUGAUUCGGGCUGUGAAGGAGGUGGUGACCGCGGGAAGGGAGCUACCAGUGGAAGCUGCCCUAAGGAGAGAGAAGGACGUUUUCGGAACUGUGUGGGGCGGGCCUGCCAAUUUGCAGGCCUUGGUUAGAAGACCAAAACAUAAAUGACAGUCAGUGCAUAAGAAAUGUUCUUGACCUUUUUGCAAACAAAGCUUUCGCUAAAGCAGGCAUUAAAUGGAAUCAUUUAAGGACUUGUUCAUUUAAACUGGCGCUAACGUUCCUGUCGCUCACGUCAGGCAGACACAUUUGGUGUGCAACCACAGAGAAAUCCGCGGCAGAUUCUGUGCUGUCCUAAUCACCCGCUGAAUGGCCAUUAGUGAAAUUAGUAUGUAAAGGUAAAUAAUGUGCUGAGAAUAGAACUAUAAUUCUUUUGGAAUGAGACUGAAGAUUGUUUUCUUUGGAGUUAAUUUUGUUUUUCUAACUGGUAUGGAAAUGAAUUGCUUGAAAGAUAGGAGGUUUGUUUAUUUGCAGAACAGGUGCAUCUGAAGCUGCGACAUAUGAGUUCCCCAACAUGAGACCAGUGUCUAAGCAGCUUUGGAGGGACGAUAACUGGUGAGAUGAUAGUUUUUAUUUUUUCAUCUUCAGUCACUUCUUUGCAUAAUUGCUGAGAAAGUAGCCAAGGAUACUUCAGUUUCAAUGGUGAUUUUUACAGGAGCAGCUCUAACUCCCUGAGGAGCUUAUAGGCCUCAUUCACUGACAGUGAUUCAGGUCUUUAAAUGCAUUUAGGUUUGUUCUCACUGCUCGAGGAACCAACCACCCACAUACACAUCUGCACAUUCCCAUAGCCUGGACCUGUGCUGCUGAGCACAUGCAAAGCUGCUGAUCCCAUUCUUUACAUAGAAUCUAGUUGAAAUCUUGGAAGGCCAUGAUGUAUCACGCUCCCAAGUGGGAUGUCCUUGACUGACUGGGUGGCCUGAGUACUUCACCAUUCUGGAAGGACUUGUGCGUGGAUCUGUCUACGUCUUACUUCAGAGUAUUUUUACUGGUAGGGCAUAUUUGGGCUGACCAGAAGAUUUGAAACUCAGUCUCCACUUCAUGCCAGUGACUGUGCAAGUAAUUAGAUAACUCAGUGGGGAGGGUUUUCCCUUUAGAAAUCAGAAACUGGCACCGAGUCCCUGCUUUGGCAGGUGAUUCUUAAAAUGGAACAUCUGUGAGAGCAAAACCAGGCAGACAUAUCCAUGACGGAGAGUUUCCUGUACUGUUGGUUAGGAUGCACUUGUCUCUAAAUCAGCAGGGGCUGAGAUCUGAGCUCAGGGGACCACGUGAAGGAGGAAACUUUGGGCUAUGCAACACUGACGUGCAUUCUCGCUCUGACAGGGCAUAACUAACUCUAGGCACGUGGAAUAAGCUCCCUUAGGAAGAGGAGGUGAUUCCUUGGAUGGAAAUCGCUGUUACAACUUGUACUGUGGCAGGAUUCCUGAGUUUUAGACAGUGAGGUAACUGUGCAUAUGUUUGAAGAUUUUGGGACAGAUCAAUGAUGGGAAUUAGGCUCAAUUGCCUGUUAAGAUUCUGCAGCUUUUGAGCAGAUGCUGGGCUCUGCUGGGGAUGUUUUACUAUAUGGCUUUCACAGCAGGGAGUGUGUAUAGCCUGAAGCAACCAAAAGAAAUGCUGAAGAAAGGGAUGUGUUUUGAGCUGGCACCUCCGGGAGGAUAAGGAACUUACACUGCCCUGUUGAUUCUGCCUGUCUGCCUUCACACCUGAAACUGCUGCUGGAGGAAGAUUUCAAAUUUCUCUUCCCCCAAAAGAAAGUUCAAUUUUUACUUCCAGGUUAGAGACAGGAAUGGGAACAUGGGGAAAGAGUAGUGUUCUGGUUUGUGCCUCUUCCCCCCCCUCCCCCGUUUUUAUCUGCUAGCUCAGUUGUUAGUCCCAUGUGCAGCUGGGUUCUUGCCCGUGCUCUAAAGGACUUCAAACCCAUUACUUCUGAAAUAUGGGUGUUUUAAUAUAGUCAGGCAGUACUUGACUGUUUAGUAAUCAACCUGUUCCGCUUUUCCUGAAGUUCCUCAAGACUCAUGACGGAUUCCAGACUGCCAACGUCACUGAACCUUCAGAGUGGGCUCCAGUCCAUGCUCCUCUGUUUUGAAGCACUGUCAUGAGUCAAAAAACUGUGCUUUAAAGGGCAACUGGUUAUGUCUUUGCUAGUAGUAAGAAUAAACUAAUACUAAUACUGUCAUUAUGAUUUUUAAA